AUGCCGCAGCCCCGUCACGUCGCCCUGCUCGCAGGGGCAGGCGCGCCCGGCUUAACCGUGUCUGCCCGGGACAGCUUCCAAAUCUCCACGCUUGUCUGCUCCACGAAGCUGACACAGAACGUCAACCUUCUGGGGCUGCUGAAGUGGCGGUCAAAGCCCAGCCUCCUGGCAGAGAACCUGCAGAAGCUGAUGAACGUGGAUGGAGGAGAAGUCAUCAAGUUCCUCCAGGACACUUUGGAUGCCUUGUUCUCCAUCAUGAUGGAGAACGCAGACACGGAUGUCUACGACACGCUCGUCUUUGAUGCCCUGGUUUUCAUCGUGGGGCUCGUGGCCGACAGGAAGUUUCACCACUUCAACGCCGUCCUGGAGGCUUACAUCCGCCAGCACUUCAGUGCCACGCUCGCCUACAAGAAGCUGAUCUCGGUGCUGACGCAGUACGUGGAGCAGGCGAGCCGUGGAGAGCCCUGCGAGCCGCUCAUGCGCACCUUCAAGGCCUUGGAGUACAUCUUCAAGUUCAUCGUCCGCUCCAGGCACCUCUUCGCCCAGCUCUACGAGGGGAAGGAGACGGCCGAGUUCCAGCGCUCGCUGCAGCGGCUCUUCCAGACCCUGAACCAGCUGAUGAAGUCCCCGCUGGAAGGGCCCACCCUGCUCUCCCAGGUAUCAGCCCUGAAGUACUUGCCUUCCAUCCUGGAGGACGUGUUUGGGAUCUUUGACUCCUCCAUGCUGGGGGUCUUGCUGCGGGACUUCAUCGGAAACCUGCUCCCCCAGCGCCUGCUGAAGCAGAAGCUACAGUCCCUGACCAACAUCGUCAACAGCAAGGUCUUCCAGUCCUAUGAGUGCCGGGAGCUGCUGCUGCGCACCACAGUGCCCAUCCUCCAGGAGCUGAUCGAGAAGGGAGAGGAGGAAGACGCCUGCAUCGAGCUGCUCAGCAACAUCCUGGAGGUGCUGUACAAGGCCCAGAAGGUGAAGGUGAAGAAGCAUGUCCAGCUGGUCCUGGAGCGGCUGCUGCACACCGUCAACCGGAGGGUGAUCGUCCUGGAGCGGGAGAACAGCUUUAGGAGUCACUACGUGGCCUGCAUGGCCGCCAUCCUGAGCCAGAUGGACAAGGACCACUACAGCUCCUACAUCCAGGCGUUCCCCUCCCGGGCCGAGCUGAUGGACUUCCUCAUGGAGACUUUCAUCCUCUUCAAGGACCUGAUCGGCAAGACGGUGUACCCCUCCGACUGGAUGGUGAUGAACAUGGUGCAGAACCGGGAGUUCCUGCGCGCCAUCAACCAGUUUGCCACAACGUUGACAGAGAUGUUCCUGAGCAGCAGCAGCUUCGAGCUGCAGCUUUGGAACAACUAUUUCCACCUGGCCGUGGCUUUCCUCACCCAGGACUCCCUGCAGCUGGAGAACUUCUCCCAGGCCAAGCGCACCAGCAUCCUGGCCAAGUACGGGGACAUGAGAGCCAAGAUUGGAGCUGCCAUUCGGGACAUGUGGUACAACCUAGGCCAUCGUAAGAUCGAGUUCAUCCCGGGCAUGGUCGGCCCCAUCCUGGAGAUGACGCUUGUGCCGGAGCUGGAGCUGCGCAAGUCCACUAUCCCCAUCUUCUUCGACAUGAUGCUCUGCGAGUACCAGCUGACCGCGAGCUUCAGCCGGUUUGAGGAUGAGAUCCUGCGCAAGCUGGACAGCGAGGUGGAGGGUGGCCGGGGCGAUGAGCAGUACAAGCAGCUUUUUGAGAGCAUCCUGCUCAGCUGCUGCCGGGGUCACCCUGAGCUGGCCAAGCCCGGAGAGAACUUUGUGGCAUUGGUGACGGGGCUCCUGGAGCGGCUCCUCGACUACCGGGCGGUUAUGAACGAUGAGAACAAAACCUACAGCAUGAGCUGCACCGUCAACCUCCUGAACUUCUACAAGGAGAUCGACCGCCAGGCCAUGUACAUCAGGUACCUGUACAAGCUGAAGGACCUGCACAUCAGCUACGAGAACUACACGGAGGGAGCCUACACGCUGCUGCUGCACGCGCGGCUCCUCAAGUGGUCGGAUGAGGCGAACACGGCGCCCAUGCAGGGCUUGCACAGCCCCAGCCUGCACACCCAGCGCCAGCUGAAGGAGGCUCUCUACAACCAGAUCAUCAACUACUUCGACCAGGGCAAGAUGUGGGAGGAGGCCAUCCACAUCUGCAAGGAGCUGGCGGAGCAGUAUGAGAGCGAAAUCUUUGACUACGAGAUGCUGAGUGAGAUCCUGCAGCGGGAAGCCAAGUUCUAUGAGAAGAUCCUGAAGGUGCUGCGGCCCAGCCCAGACUACUUUGCUGUGGGUUACUAUGGGCAAGGCUUCCCCACCUUCCUCCGGAACAAGGUCUUCAUUUACCGAGGCAAGGAGUACGAGCGCCGGGAGGACUUUGAGAUGCGGCUGCUGAGCCCCUUCCCCAAUGCCGAGAAGCUGAAGACCACAUCUCCGCCCGGCCCCGACAUCACUGGCUCCCCGGGGCAGUACAUCCAGUGCUUCACCGUGCAGCCGGUGGAGGAAGCCAAGGUCCGGUUCAAGGACCGGAGCAUCCCGGAGCAGAUCACCAACUUCUACAAAGCCAACCACGUCCAGAAGUUCAGCUACUCACGGCCCUUCAAGAAAGGCCCAAAGGAUCCAGACAACGAAUUUGCAACCAUGUGGAUUGAGCGGACGACCUUCGUGACAGCCUACCCCCUGCCUGGCAUCCUGCGCUGGUUCGUGGUGACCACCACUACCACGAACAUCAUCUCCCCGCUGGAGAACGCCAUCGAGACCAUGAUGAAAACAAACGAGAAAAUUCUAAGCGAGAUCAACCGGCACCAGAGCGACCCCAGCCUGCCUGUCAACCCACUUUCCAUGCUGCUCAACGGCAUCGUGGACCCUGCCGUCAUGGGCGGCUUCGCCAAGUAUGAGACGGCCUUCUUCCAGGAGUCAUACCUGAAGGAGCACCCCGAGGACCAGGGGAACAUCGACAAGCUGAAGGACCUGAUCGCCUGGCAGACCCCGCUGUUGGCAGAGGGGAUCCGGAUCCACAGGCGGAAGGUGACGGAGGACUUGCGGCCCUUCCACGAGCGCAUGGAGCAGUGCUUUGUGCAGCUGCGGGCCAAGGUGGAGAGCCAGUACGGCGUGCGGGAGAUGAUCUCCUUCGAGGACCGGCGAAGUGGGCGACCCCGGUCCGCAGCCUGGGGACCAGACUGGGACCGGCUGAGCCAUGCUGGAGACAGCACGGAGGCACCCCCGACCCCAAAGCCUGCCCCACGCACUGCCGAGAGCGAGGACCGCAGGAGUGAGCGCAAGGAGAACCGCUCCAGCACCUUCUUUGGGUACCGGCGGCAGGAGACGCGCCUGUCUGUCCCGGAGCUGCCAGAGCCAAAGGAUGACAAACGGAGACUGUCCCGCAACAUGAGCGAGAGCAGCCUGGGCAGCUGCGAUGGGAAACAGCCCCCGCCGAGCCGCGAGCCCAGCACCGCAGCGCUGUCCCCAUCUCCCACGGGCUUCGGCGGCCGCGUGAAGAGCGCCAGCAAGGCCCCGCCACUGCCCCGCAGGAUCAGCCCCACCGUGUACGAGGCCUUCCUGGAGCAGAGCGAUGCUGCCAGCGGGGGGAAGGCGUUGCCAUCGCCGACAGCGGAUGGAAGCAGGGGGCUGAAGUCACCCCCACCACCGCCACCGAAGUCCAAGCGGCUGUCUCAGCUCUGA